GCCAAGAUGGCGGCCGCAAGGACCGGCCCGGGCGGCGAGGCGGCGGCGUCGUCCACCCCGAUGAGCUUCCAGAGGAAAAACCCCCUCGGCGGAGGCGGCGCUAGACUGGUGUCCAUCGCGGGGACUCGGCCGUCGGUGCGGAACGGGCAGCUGCUGGUGUCCAGCGGCCUCCCCGCCCUGGACCAGCUCCUAGGUGGAGGAUUAGCUGUUGGAACGCUGCUCCUGAUCGAAGAAGACAAAUACCAUAUUUACUCCCACUUGCUGUUCAAGUAUUUUCUGGCAGAAGGAAUAGUCUGUGGACAUACUGUGUUGGUUGCCUCUGCUGAAGAAGAUCCAGAACACAUUUUACAGGAGCUUCCUGACCCGUUACUUGAAGACAGCUAUAAAAAAGAAUUAGAUGAAGAGGCAGGAGGUGUUAAUGAAUCACUAAAAGAUUCUGCUGACUCCAUGAAAAUAGCCUGGCGUUACCAAAAUUUACCCAAAAUGGAGGUUAGUCCUGCAUCAACUUCAAGAUUUGGUCACUAUUAUGAUGUGUCAAAAAGAAUGUCCCAGAAGAUAAUCCAGUCCAUAAAAUGGCACAGAUUUUUCCUUCCAGAAGAAAUAGUUUCACGUUCUAAAGUGGAACCAGGUUCUAUGAUCGAUGGCUACAACAGGCUACUUCAGCGUAUCCAGAAAGUCAUUUAUGAGGAAGGGUUUGAUGGAUCCUGUCCCCAGAAGAAGAAAAAUAUUUUGAGACUAGGAAUUCAGAGCCUGGGCUCUGCAUUAUGGGGAGAUGACAUCUGCUGUACUGACUCUCCUGAACACACUCACAGCCUAACAAAGUUUCUCUAUGCCCUUCGCGGUCUUCUUAGAAUGUCUCUGUCCACUUGCAUCAUCACAGUGCCGGCACACCUUAUCCAGAAUAAAGCAAUUACUGCCCGUGUUAUAAACUUGUCAGAUACGGUAGUUGGUCUCGAAUCAUUUAUCGGCUCAGAGAGAGAAACCAAUCCAUUAUACAAGGAUUACCAUGGUUUGAUUCAUAUCCACCAGAUUCCUCGGCUUAACAGUUUGAUCUGUGAUGUAUCAGGCACCAAGGACCUGGGUUUUAAAUUAAAAAGGAAGCUCUUCACCAUUGAGCGACUGCAUUUGCCUCCAGACUUGUCAGACACAGUAAGCCGCUCAAGCAAACACGAUCUGGCAGAAUCUGCCAAACCGAGCUCAGGAUGUGGCGCUAUGACCACAGGCAAGAAGCACCUGGACUUCUAGUGAUUUCUCCUUAGCCGUUUCCCUGAGGAGUCUGACCCCCUAAUUAUGGCUGAUAAUGGCAUGUGUAAAUAUUUUUCUUCAUGAUUUGACCCAGCAAUCCUUAAAAACACAUAUCGCAAAAUGGUGUCUCAUUCUCAUUUUUUAUGUUUUCAAUUGGAAAUGUUGCAGGUUGAAACUUCUGUUUUACGCCUCCAUUUGCGGACAGUUUAUGAUUUGGACUGGAUUGUUGUAUUUUUAAUAAAAACAAACUCUGAAAAGUGUCUGUGCUUUCUAAUAAGCAAGAAUGCCGUGUUUUUUCAGAAUUCACUCUGCCACUGCGUGAAAUGGUAAGAAAUCCAUUUAAUAGAAAUUCAAGAUGCAAGAAAAGCAUCUAGUACAGAAGAGGCUGAUGAAUUCAAGAAUUCAUUACAUGUAUUUUAAUAAGAGCUGAGAAACUUAAUUAUCCUCAGUUCUAAAAAAUACAAUUUCUCUCUGAAAAUGGUAUGGUUUGAUCCAGAUGCAAGUGUAUAAAGAAUAUAUUAAAGUGUAUUCACAUUUCAUGCACAUACUAUUAUGUAAAUUAUUAAAUUGAUGAAGAAAAAAUAUGUUCUGUGGUGACUCUUUUAAAGAUAAUUACUUUGUCUUAUUGGUUAAUAAAUGUAUUAAAAAGCAUUUGAUAGAUACAAAUUUACUAAACACAGAAGAAAAAAAAAGAAUUGAUGUCCUAUGUAGUUCAAAACAGUAAUCCUAAACAAUUGAAGUCAGCACUAUAAAAUUAUGUCAACAGACAUAAUUCGAGAUUGAAAUUCAAACUGACAGCUACAUUAAUGCUAGGAUACCAGAAAAGUGCACUGGAGCUUAGUUGGAAAAGUGUCACAGAAUGCAGGGUCUAAGAGAGCAUGGAAACAUAAAACUAGCUCAGAUCAUCCUUUAGUUAUAUAAGCCCCUUGUCAGAUGUGGGGACAUUGGUUGUGUACAUAAAUAACUGCACACACAAGUAAGGAAACAAAUCUGUAAAAACUUGGCAAAAUGUGAUUUAAAAGAUUCCGUGGGCCCUUGUGACACUGAAAAAGAUGUCUGCAGAGCUCAUAGUUAAAACUGUAACUGGGCUCAACCAACCGCAUUACAAUGAAGAGGUUUUUCAAGACGUAUUUUCGUAUACGGAGUGUUAAUAAUGGAUUUUGCUGUGGCUGAAUCUGAAAUGUUAAGUGGUUUGCUUUUUAUAUAAUCCUAAUUUUACUUUAUUUGUUCUUUACAGCACUGUGUGAAACAAAGACUUAGCUUUUAAAACUGUCUAACUAAUAUGAUGAAUGUCAAUCACUUAAAAAAAUCCACUGUAGCAUAAACACAUACUGUAUACAGCUUUUAUUCUGAAUUAGAAUAAUUGAAUCAAUGACAGUGAUUUGCCAGGAUGUCAAAUCUAUCCAUCAUAUCCUGUCACCACCAGUUUAUUUUUUGUGAUCAAAAUCAAAAAGACUACUAUUUUGUCAUCUGCUAUUUCAUUAGGGGUAACAAUCAAUUUUUUCUCUUCUAUAUUUUUUUGGAAAAUGUCUGGUUUGUCUUUUUAUUUUUUUUUAUUUCUAAAGACACAAAAUCUUUCACAGUUUCUUUUCAUAAUUAAAUUUGAGACCCGAACUGUCAGUUAAAACUGAAAGACUUGUACGUUUUUAAGUAGAGGUAUUUUUAAAAUUGCAACUCGUUCUGUUCUUGCAUUUAAUAUCCCUGAGGAAACGUACUCAACAAAAGCUUCACUGGGUCCUUUGAAAAAUAUCAUAAACAAUUUGAAUAUAUUUAAAUGAA